AUGGAAUUUGGGAGAAGGGGAUGGAAUCUGGGAGAAGGGGAUGGAAUCUGGGAGCAGGGGAUGGAAUCUGGGAGAAGGGGAUGGAAUCUGGGAGAAGGGGGUGGAAUCUGGGAGAAGGGGAAUGAAUCUGGGAGAAGGGGAUGGAAUCUGGGAGAAGGGGAUGGAAUCGGGGAGAAGGGGAUGGAAUUUGGGAGAAGGGGAUGGAAUCUGGGAGAAGGGGAUGGAAUCUGGGAGAAGGGGAUGGAAUCUGGGAGAAGGGGAUGGAAUCUGGGAGAAGGGGAUGGAAUCUGGGAGAAGGGGGUGGAAUCUGGGAGAAGGGGAUGGAAUCUGGGAGAAGGGGAUGGAAUCUGGGAGAAGGGGAUGGAAUCUGGGAGAAGGGGAUGGAAUCUGGGAGAAGGGGAUGGAAUGACGGAGAAGGGGAUGGAAUCAGGGAGAAGGGGAUGGAAUCUGGGAGAAGGGGAUGGAAUCAGGGAAAAGAGGAUGGAAUCUGGGAGAAGGGGGUGGAAUCUGGGAGAAGGGGAUGAAAUCUGGGAGAAGGGGAUGGAAUCUCGGAGAAGGGGAUGGAAUCUGGGAGAAGGGGAUGGAGUCUGGGAGAAGGGGGUGGAAUCUGGGAGAAGGGGAUGGAAUCUGGGAGAAAGGGAUGGAAUAUGGGAGAAGGGGAUGGAAUAUGGGAGAAGGGGAUGGAAUCUGGGAGAAGGGGAUGGAAUCUGGGAGAAGGGGAUGGAGUCUGGGAGAAGGGGGUGGAAUCUGGGAGAAGGUGAUGAAAUCUGGGAGAAGGGGAUGGAAUGUGGGAGAAGGGGAUGGAAUCUGGGAGAAGGGGAUGGAAUCUGGGAGAAGGGGAUGGAAUCAGGGAGAAGGGGAUGGAAUCAGGGAGAAGGGGAUGGAAUCUGGGAGAAGGGGGUGGAAUCUGGUAGAAGGGGAUGGAAUCUGGGAGAAGGGGAUAGAAUCUGGGAGAAGGGGAUGGAAUCUGGGAGAAGGGGAUGGAAUCUGGGAGAAGGGGAUGGAAUCUGGGAGAAAAAGAUGGAAUAUGGGAGAAGGGGAUGGAAUAUGGGAGAAGGGGAUGGAAUCUGGGAGAAGGGGAUGGAAUCUGGGAGAAGGGGGUGGAAUCUGGGAGAAGGGGAUGGAAUCUGGGAGAAGGGGAUGGAAUCUGGGAGAAGGGGAUGGAAUCUGGGAGAAGGGGAUGGAAUCAGGGAGAAGGGGAUGGAAUCUGGGAGAAGGGGAUGGAAUCUGGGAGAAGGGGAUGGAAUCUGGGAAAGGGGAUGGAAUCUGGGAGAAGGGGGUGGAAUCUGGGAGAAGGGGAUGAAAUCUGGGAGAAGGGGAUGGAAUCUGGGAGAAGGGGAUGGAAUAUGGGAGAAGGGGAUGGAAUCUGGGAGAAGGGGAUGGAAUCUGGGAGAAGGGGAUGGAUUCAGGGAGAAGGGGAUGGAAUCUGGGAGAAGGGGGUGGAAUCUGGGAGAAGGGGGUGGAAUCUGGGAGAAGGGGAUGGAAUCUGGGAGAAGGGGAUGGAAUCUGGGAGAAGGGGAUGGAAUCUGGGAGAAGGGGAUGGAAUGUGGAAGAAGGGAAUGGAAUCUGGGAGAAGGGGGUGGAAUCUGGGAGAAGGGGAUGGAAUCUGGGAGAAGGGGAUGGAAUCUGGGAGAAGGGGAUGGAAUCUGGGAGAAGGGGAUGGAAUCAGGGAGAAGGGGAUGGAAUCUGGGAGAAGGGGAUGGAAUCUGGGAGAAGGGGAUGGAAUCUGGGAGAAGGGGAUGGAAUCUGGGAGAAGGGGAUUGA